AUGUGUUUGGAGCAGACAAGAAAGGCCGCUGGAGGUGGGUGGUGGAGGAGGCGCGGCAAAGGCGGCGGAGGCGGCGGAGGCAAGCCUGUGGCUCCUGCAAACCAGGGUGCAAAAGCGGGUACUUUCGAUCCGAACUAUCAAACGUUGGCUGGUAUUGGUGGUGAUGUGUUUGGAGCAGACAAGAAAGCCGCUGGAGGCGGUGGAGGCGGCGGCGGCGGAGGCAAGCCCGUAGCUCCUGCGAACCAGGCCGCCAAAGCCGGUACAUUUGACCCGAAUUAUCAGACAUUGGCCGGAAUCGGUGGCGAUGUGUUUGGUGCAGACAAGAAAGCAGGAGGAGGAGGAGGUGGCGGUAAGCCUGCACCACCAAAACCACCAGCAAACCUGGGUGCUAAAGCAGGCACGUUUGAUCCAAACUAUCAGACUCUCGCUGGAAUUGGAGGCAACGAAGUGUUUGGUGCCGACAAGAAGAGAUGA